ACAGGCUCAGAGCUCAGCCCAGUUGAUGGACCUGUUCCAGGUCAGAUGGACUCAGGGCCAGUGUACCAUGGGGACUCACGGCAGCUAAGCGCCUCAGGGGCGCCGGUCAAUGGUGCUAGAGAACCCGCCGGACCCAGUCUGCUAGGGGCUGGGGGUCCUUGGCGAGUAGACCAGAAGCCCGACUGGGACGCUGCCCCGGGCCCAGCUCACACUGCUCGCCUGGAAGAUGCCCACGAUCUGGUGGCCUUUUCGGCUGUGGCCGAAGCAGUGUCCUCUUAUGGGGCCCUUAGCACCCGGCUCUACGAAACCUUCAACCGUGAGAUGAGUCGCGAGGCUGGGAACAACAGCAGGGGAGCCCGGCCGGGGCCCGAGGGCUGCUCUGCUGGCAGCGAAGACCUGGACACGCUGCAGGCGGCCCUGGCCCUCGCGCGGCACGGCAUGAAGCCGCCCAGCUGCAACUGCGAUGGCCCGGAGUGCCCGGACUACCUCGAGUGGCUGGAGGGCAAGAUCAAAUCUGUGGUCGUGGACGGCGCGGAGGGGCGGCCCGGGCUCCCAGGGACUCUGCCUUCUGCUGAGGCUGGCCUCCCAGUGCCAAGCCCCAGGCCAGUGCUCAGCUCCGAGGUCCCCCACAUACCUCCCCCCGAGGGCCUUCCCCUGUCCCAGAGUGCCCUGAGCAUCGCCAAGGAGAAGAACAUCAGCCUGCAGACGGCCAUCGCCAUCGAGGCCCUCACCCAGCUCUCCUCUGCCCUCCCUCAGCCUUCCCACUCCACCUCCCAGGCUUCCUGCCCCCUCCCUGAGGCCUUGUCCCCUCCUGCCCCUUUCCGGUCCCCCCAGUCCUACCUCCGGGCCCCCUCGUGGCCUGUGGUCCCUGCUGAAGAGCAUGCACCCUUUUCUCCUGACAGCCCCGCCUUCCCUCCAGCAACUCCUAGACCCGAGUUUCCGGAAGCCUGGGGCACCGACACCCCACCAGCAGCUCCGAGGAGCUCUUGGCCCCUGCCCCGCCCAAGCCCUGACCCCAUGGCCGAACUGGAGCAGCUGCUGGGCAGCGCCAGUGAUUACAUCCAGUCAGUAUUCAAGCGGCCCGAGGCCCUACCCUCCAAGCCCAAGGUCAAGGUGGAGGCGCCCUCUUCCUCCCCGGCCCCGUCCCCAUCCCCCAUGCUCCAGAGGGAGGCUCCUGCACCCUCCACAGAGCCUGACACCCACCAGAAGGCCCAGACCGCCCUGCAGCAGCACCUUCACCAUAAGCGCAGUCUCUUCCUGGACCAGGCCCAUGAUGCCCCCUUCCCCCCGCCCGCCGAGCCUCCUGCUCCAGGCUGGUGGGCCCCAGCAAGCUCACCUGCCCCACGGCCUCUGGACAGGCCACCCAAGGAGAAGAAGAAGAAGCCGCUGGCACCGGCUGGAGGUCCCCCAGGAACCGAGAAGGCAGCCCCCGGGAUCAAGCCCAGUGUCCGGAAGCCCAUUCAGAUCAAGAAGUCCAGGCCGCGGGAAGCGCAGCCUCUCUUCCUGCCACUGCGGCAAAUCGUCCUGGAAGGGCUGAGGCCCCCGGCCUCUGAGGAUGUGCAGGCACAGCCACCGGCCCCUGUCCCCACUUCCCAGGGCUCUGCUGCCCCCCCGCCCCCAGAACCUUCUCUUGCGCUAUUUGCACCUAGUCCCUCUGGGGACAGCCUGCUGCCCCCUACUCAGGAAAUGAGAUCCCCUAGCCCCAUGGCGACCCUGCAGCCGGGCUCCACCGGCCCUCUUCCCCCUGCUGAUGACAAGCUGGAAGAGCUCAUCCGGCAGUUUGAAGCUGAAUUUGGGGAUAGCUUUGGGCUUCCUGGCCCCCCAUCUGUGCCCAUUCAGGAUGCCGAGAACCAGUCAACAUGUCUCCCAGCCCCUGAGAGCCCUUUUUCUACCCGCUCCCCCAAGCAAAUCAAGAUUGAGUCUUCGGGGGCUGUGACUGUGCUCUCAACCACCUGCUUCCAUUCGGAGGAGGGAGGCCAGGAGGCCACACCCACCAAGGCCGAGAACCCCCUCACACCCACCCUCAGUGGCUUCCUGGAGUCACCUCUUAAGUACCUGGACACGCCCACCAAGAGUCUGCUGGACACACCUGCAAAGAGAGCCCAGGCCGAGUUCCCCACCUGUGACUGUGUUGAACAAAUAGUGGAGAAAGAUGAAGGUCCGUAUUAUACUCACCUGGGAUCUGGCCCCACGGUAGCCUCUAUCCGGGAGCUCAUGGAGGAGCGGUACGGAGAGAAGGGGAAAGCCAUCCGGAUCGAGAAGGUCAUCUACACUGGGAAGGAGGGGAAGAGCUCGCGAGGCUGUCCCAUCGCCAAGUGGGUGAUCCGUAGGCACACGCUGGAGGAGAAGUUGCUGUGCCUGGUGCGGCACCGGGCAGGUCACCACUGCCAGAAUGCUGUGAUUGUCAUCCUUAUCCUGGCCUGGGAGGGCAUCCCCCGCAGCCUCGGAGACACCCUCUACCAGGAGCUCACCGACACCCUCCGGAAGUAUGGGAACCCCACCAGCCGGAGAUGUGGCCUCAAUGAUGACCGGACCUGCGCUUGCCAAGGCAAAGACCCCAGCACCUGUGGCGCCUCCUUCUCCUUCGGCUGUUCCUGGAGCAUGUACUUCAACGGCUGCAAAUAUGCUCGCAGCAAGACGCCGCGCAAGUUCCGCCUCGCAGGGGACAACCCCAAGGAGGAGGAAGUACUCCGGAAGAGCUUCCAGGACCUGGCCACUGAAGUCGCUCCCCUGUACAAGAGGCUGGCCCCCCAGGCCUAUCAGAACCAGGUGACCAAUGAGGAAAUAGCGAUUGACUGCCGUCUGGGGCUGAAGGAAGGGCGGCCCUUCUCGGGGGUCACAGCCUGCAUGGACUUCUGUGCCCACGCCCACAAGGACCAGCAUAACCUCUACAAUGGGUGCACUGUGGUCUGCACUCUGACCAAGGAAGACAAUCGCUGCGUGGGCAAGAUCCCCGAGGAUGAGCAGCUGCACGUGCUCCCACUGUACAAGAUGGCCAACACGGACGAGUUCGGCAGUGAGGAGAACCAGAACGCCAAGGUGGGCAGCGGGGCCAUCCAGGUGCUCACCGCCUUCCCCCGCGAGGUCCGGCGCCUGCCUGAGCCUGCCAAGUCGUGCCGCCAGCGGCAGCUGGAAGCCAGGAAGGCGGCGGCCGAGAAGAAGAAAAUGCAGAAGGAGAAGCUGAGUACUCCCGAGAAGAUCAAACAGGAGGCCCUCGAGCUGGCCGGUGUCACCACUGACCCAGGCCUGGGCCUGAAGGGCGGACUUCCCCAGCAAGGCCUGAAGCCCUCCCUCAAAGUGGAGCCCCAGACCCACUUCAGCUCCUUCAAGUACAGCAGCAAUGCGGUGGUGGAGAGCUACUCGGUGCUGGGCAGCUGCCGGCCCUCCGACCCUUACAGCGUGAACAGCGUCUACUCCUACCACUCCUACUAUGCACAGCCUGGCCUGACCUCCGUCAAUGGCUUUCACUCCAAGUACGCUCUUCCGUCGUUCAGCUACUAUGGCUUCCCAUCCAGCAACCCCGUCUUCCCCUCACAGUUCCUGGGUCCUGGCACCUGGGGACACGGUGGCAGCAGCAGCAGCUUUGAGAAGAAGCCAGACCUCCACGCUCUGCACAACAGCCUGAGCCCGGCCUACGGUGGUGCUGAGUUUGCCGAGCUGCCUGGCCAGGCUGUUCCCACGGACGCCCACCACCCCACUCCUCACCACCAGCAGCCUGCUUACCCAGGCCCCAAGGAGUAUCUGCUUCCCAAGGCUCCCCAGAUCCACCCAGCAUCCAGGGACCCCUCUCCCUUUGCACAGAGCUCCAACUGCUACAGCAGAUCCAUCAAGCAAGAGCCAGUGGACCCCCUGGUCCAGGCUGAGUCUAUCCCCAGAGACCCUAGUAAGAUGGGCAAAACACCUUUGCCCGAGGCUUCUCAGAAUGGGGGGCCCAAUCACCUCUGGGGACAGUACUCAGGAGGCCCAAGCAUGUCCCCCAAGAGGACUAACAGUGUGGGCGGCAGUUGGGGUGUGUUCCAUCCUGGGGAGAGCCCUGCCAUCAUCCCCGACAAGCUCAGUUCUUAUGGGACCGGCUGCCUGACCCCUUCUCACUUCCCGGAUGGCCAGUGGGGGCUGUUCCCUGGGGAGGGGCAGCAGCCAGCACCCCAACCCGGAGGACGGCUUCGAGGCAAACCGUGGAGCCCCUGCAAGUUUGGGAACAACACCUCGGCCUUGGCCGGUCCCAGCCUGACUGAGAAGCCUUGGGGCGUUGGGGCCGGGGAUUUCAACUCUGCCCUGAAAAGUGGUCCUGGGUUCCAAGACAAGUUGUGGAGCCCCCUGAAAGGAGAGGAGGGAAGGAUUCCAACCCCGGGGGCAAGCCAGCUAGACAAAGCCUGGCCGUCCUUCGGCGUGCCCCUGGGCUCCAGUGAGAAACUGUUCGGGGCCCUGAAGUCAGAGGAAAAGCUGUGGGAUCCCUUCAGCCUGGAGGAGGGGACAGCCGAGGACCCCCCCAACAAGGCGGUGGUGAAGGAGGAGAAGAGUGGGGGCGCGGAGGAGGAAGAAGAGCUCUGGUCCGACAGUGAACACAAUUUCCUAGACGAGAACAUCGGCGGUGUGGCCGUGGCCCCCGCUCACGGCUCGAUUCUCAUCGAGUGUGCCCGGCGGGAGCUGCACGCCACCACGCCCCUCAAGAAACCCAACCGCUGCCACCCCACCCGCAUCUCGCUGGUCUUCUACCAGCACAAGAACCUCAACCAGCCCAACCACGGGCUGGCCCUCUGGGAGGCCAAGAUGAAGCAGCUGGCGGAGAGGGCCCGGGCGCGACAGGAGGAGGCCGCCCGGCUGGGUCUGGGCCAGCAGGAGGCCAAGCUCUACGGAAAGAAGCGCAAAUGGGGGGGCGCCAUGGUGGCCGAGCCCCAGCAUAAGGAGAAAAAGGGGCUUGUCCCCACACGGCAGGCGCUGGCCGUGCCCACAGACUCUGCAGUCACCGUGUCCUCCUACGCCUACACGAAGGUCACUGGCCCCUACAGCCGCUGGAUCUAGGUGCCCAGUGCCAGGGAGCCAGUGUACCUCAGCGUCGGGCCCGGCCCGAGCUGCCUCUGUGGUGCUUUUGCCCUCACACCUGGGGGCGGGUUGGGGGUGCAGAAGUCUUUUUAUCUAUAUAUACAUAUAUAGAUACGCAUAUAUAUGUAUUUAUGGUCCAAACCUCAGAACUGACCCGCCCCUCCCUUCCCCAACUUCCCCAGCACUUUGAAGAAGAAACUACGGCUGUCGGGUGAUUUUUUUCGUGAUCUUACUAUUUAUAUCUCCAUGUUGGUUUUUUUCUCCCCCCCCCCCCGUUGAGGGGGGGCUUUUAUUUCCUCUUGUUUUUAAAACUCUAUCCUUGUAUAUCACAAUAAUGGAAAGAAAGUUUAUAGUGUCCUUUCACAAAGGAGUAGUUUUAAAUUCCAUUUAAAAUGUGUAUUUAUUGGAUUUUUUAAAAAGCGACAAUAGUAAUGGUAAAGGAGCGGCGGGAAAGGCCAAGAGCGCACAUUCCUGCCCAGUCUUGCUGGGCCCUGCGAGCCUCUCCCUCUUGGGAGCUGGCAAGGUUCUCUCAGCCAUCUGCCCCUCACGAGCCAAGUGCAGACUGUAGCCGCCCGGUCCAUCCCUCCUGACCGCUACGCCUUCCCUUCAGGGGAGGGAGCCCUCAGGACAGCUUCCGUCCUCUCCAGCAGGAUGGGAGAACCUGUAAAGAAAUAUCUGGGGUCCCUUUUCCAGUCACCGGCUUGGAGUCGGGGACCAGGAGGCAGGUGCACCCCCAGGCCAGGCACCGGAGAUGCCGGCGUCGAUUUCCCCCGGAAACCAGGUUGGAAGUAGACAGCUUUGAGCUUGCUAGUCUCCACACUGAAUCCUCUGUCCAUUGUCGAUCAAGUCCCAUGAUGUCACCGUUCCCCAGGCAGCACCUCCUUGCAGGAGCUGGAGUUGAGAGGCUCUUUGGAGCCUUUUCCCCCGGGUUGACAAGCCAAUGAAUGCUGGGCUGAAGGAAUUUGUCGUAGUGGCAGGUUUUUUUUUUGUUUAAAAAAAAAAAAAUGCCCCAAAGCCUAUGCUGAUACUGAAAAAGGGCUACUGUAUCUCUAAACGCAAGAAGCUGAACCCAAGCUGUGAAAAGCCGGCGUCGUCCCACGGCGCGGCGCUGUGCAGAGCCUGGUGCUGUAGGACCGAGCUGGGACUCCGGGGCGGGUGCCGUCCUGCGGGAGCCUGGCCCCGCUGCGUGACAGCAGUUAGCGCAUCUCUCUGUUCCUGGAUCUCCACAUCAGACAAUGGUGCAGGCCUCCCCACCCGGGCCCACCCUCUCCAUGCUCUCCUGGGCGGGGUUGGGCUUACCCUCAGCAAUUUUAAAAUGCAGGAGUCCAACGUUUUCAGCAGGUAGCUAUGAUUUUCCUCCCUAAUUGGUGCCAUUUCUCGAUUUGAUCAUCUUCUCCUUUCCUUCCUUCCCCACCCCCCUCCUCAACGGGCCCCUUCUCAAAUUCUGGUGCAUUCGUUUGGUUCUUUGAAAUGAGAAUGUGGUGCUUCAUUUUUGCAACUUUGUCAGAGAGGUUGGGCGUGGCUGGUGGAAGCAACUUCCGUGGACAGCAAGUCAGACUCCCUGGCAUGUGUGUUUUUCCUGUGGUGUGAGCGACGUUUCCAUCAGGCUGCCCGUGUGGAUGUGCGUGGUGAGUGGAAGGCUUCAGCAGGACACACGGAGGGGACCGUGGCCACACGGUGAAUGACAACCAAGCCCUGAGAUACAGGUCAGAUAUUUAUUGAGCAGUUUUAUUCAGACGUGGGUCUUUGUAAAACGAGUUUAACAAUCAGAUGACGAUGCUGAAGGCAAGUUCCUGAGCUUCCAGGUGCCUUGUGUAAGAGCUGAGAACCGACCCGCUGGGUGUUUGCUGUAACUGGUCAGACGCACGGGCAGGGAGUCGCUGUCAGAUGUCCUGAGCAUUUAUGUGGUCUGGUUUUAACUGUACAUAGUGAAAGAUUUUUUUAAGCACUUUUGCCUAGAUUUAAACAGCAACUUGAAAAAAAAAAAAAGUAUGUUUUAACAUGUAAUUGUGGGAGAAAUUGUAAAUAGUAGCUGAAUAUUUAAUGUGCUUUGUCUAUCCUUCACUUUUACCAUAUUCUGUAAAGUUGCAUUUAUUUUACAGGACAAAAAUGAAAUAUUAUUGCUUUUGAAAUAAAUACCCAAGAGCUUAUCAGGAUUUAGAAUUAUUCAGAACUCAGAUUUAUAGGAAAAUCUCUGACCUUCAGUUUGACAAGCUAAAGGAAGCAGAGUCUUUAAUAAGCAUGCUAAUUUUCUAGUUUUGAGGAAAAGUUGGGUCCUUUAAAUGCUAUUUUGCUUAUCGCAUCAGUACUUUUAUGCAGGUCUCAUUUGACUCCGUGCUUAGGUAGAUGCGGGGGUGCCUUGAAAACUUCAUUUUAAAUGAUCUUAAGCAAGAAAUACAAUAUUUUACGAACCAUUUGGAGAAUGUGACCGUCUGUAUGACCCGGGAAAACCCCAGGUUGGCUGUUGGUUUGGAAGGUCCCGAGUGUAACCCAGGUGAUUCGGAUACUUGGCAUGUGUGAAUCUUCCUGAUGUCUGUUAAAUAUUCUCUUCCCCUUGUCACCCUUUGGUAGCAAAGCCAUUAGAUGAAAGGAGAAACCGAUACAGGCUCAAAGCAUGUGAUGUCUGUCCCCGCAGCCCCAACAGCCUUUGGUCCGUAACUUUCUAGACUAGCACCAAGGCUGCUGAGAGCUGAGUCAAGAGGCGGUCUCCAUUGGAUGUUCCCGUUCCCCUGACAAUGGUGUUUCACAGAUUAGGUGGUGCUGUUGCCAUGCUCGAGUCCAUGCUGAUUUUUACACACUACAUGUAUAACCUACCUCAAAUCUCAGUCAUUAAAAUUAGCAUGCUUUAGACGUAUAUUUAAAAAGUAACUAUGCACAGCUCCUUAUUCCCCCCCCUUGCUGCUGAAGGUUUCUUAAAGAGAAAAAUCAAAUUUUUAUUUUUUACUGGCACUAUCAUUUUUUAAGUCCUAAAGAUGAUUAACAGACAUUUUUAUCAUGAGAAGAAAAAUAAAGCCAUUGCAACUAAAGAACCUAACAGCAUGACCAAGUUGUAGAGUAAUAUUAUAGCAAUGAGAAGUGAUGGAGUCCUAGAGUCCUCUCCCCAGUGUGCCCUGUCCACAGACGCCAGCCACAUGCAGUGCGGAUAUCUGGGUCCCCCUGUGUUUGGUUUCCCCUGCCUUCUGCAUGCAAGGGAAGUGCUUGCAAAGUUCUGUGCUAAGAGAUUUUUAAAAUAAUAAAUCGCUUUGCGGCAGGUUCUCACAAAAUAACUGGUGCUAGCUCAAGAACCCAUUAUCAGAAAUCUAGACUAAAGUUGUUGCGUGGAUUUUGAGGUUUCAUUGUUUCUUUUGUCGUCGUUUGGGUUUUUGUUUUGUUU